AUGGGGUUUGGUGAAAAAUGGAUAAAGUGGAUUUGCACGUGCUUGAAAUCAGCUUCCACUUCUGUUUUGAUUAAUGGUUCGCCUUCUAAUGAGUUCUAUAUGGAAAGGGGACUGCGUAUAAAUCUGUCCAAAUGCAAUCUUUUUGGUAUUGGUGUUCCGAAAGCGGAUGUCAAAAAUAUGGCAGACUUGUUAAAAUGUAAGGCUUCUUCUUUUCCUUUCACUUAUCUGGGACUUCCUAUUGGUGGUAACAUGAAGAAGAAAGCCUCUUGGUCGGUUGUGGAAGACAAAUUUCUUAAAAAGCUCUCAGAUUGGAAAUCUAAUUGUCUCUCCAUAGAAGGAAGGUUUACCUUGAUUCAGUCGGUAUUAUCUUCUAUCCCGCUGUUCUAUUUUUCCCUUUUUAAAGCGCCUAAUUCGGUUUUAAAAUCUUUGGAAUCAACAAGAAGAAAAUUCUUUUGGGGAUUUAAGGAAGAUGAGAAAAGGAUUCAUUUGGUUGCUUGGGAAAAAAUCUUAAACUCGAAGUCAAAAGAUGGUUUGGGUGUCAUUAGCUUAAGAGCAAAAAAUGAUGCCUUGUUAGCAAAAUGGAUCUGGCGGUUUUGUCAAGAUAUGAGCAUUGGUCAAGGCAGAAAGCUGAAAGAUCUCUAUCCUAGACUCUAUGCCAUGGAGAGGGAUAAAAAUGCUUUAUUCAAAGAAAGAUGGAAUUACAUCAAUGGAGCUUGGCGUGGAGCUUGGAAUUGGAAAUCGACAAUCAGGGGAAGAAGCUCAGAUGAUCUUAAAGCCUUAGAAAGGCAUCUUUCUCAAAUGACUUUUAAUACUUCAGGUGACGAUGUGUGGUCGUGGAAUUGGGACAAGAAUGGGUUUUUUCCGGUCAAUCUAAUGUCUAAAUUACUUCAAGGGGCAGUCGAUACAAAUGCUGAUAACAAUGAUAUCUCCUUUUGGAGUCCGUUAAUUCCAAAGAAAGUUAACAUUUUCAUUUGGCGAUUACUUAAAGAAGCCAUCCCUGCAAGAUUCAAUCUUUCAUAG